AAUAUUUCUUUUUUUCCUCCUCGGCCAACGUGGCCGCCGCGUGCUUUCGCUUCUUCCUCUCGCAGUCGCAGCAGGCAGGCAGCUUCGAAUCGAAGCGGAAUCGAAGCCCACACCAGCAGCAGGCAGCAGCGCCCACUUGCCUGGAGCGCGAGAGCAAAUCGCGGCGGCGCUCGUGCCCGUGCCUCCCGCGCGCCCGAACCCUAGCGCAACCACCAGAUCCGGAGAUCCCGCGCGGGCGGAGGCGGGACCGGACCCCAACCCACUGACUCAACUCGACUCAACUCACCCCCCCGGCCGCACCCGCCAAUGCCGCCUUCUCGGCGCUGAUCCGAUCCCGCCGCGCCGCCGCCGCCGCCGACGACGACACCCGCCCCCCAUGGAUUCCGCUCGGAGCUGGCUCCAGAAGCUGCAGCCGCGGGACAAGGACAGGGAGCGGGGCGCCAAGGCGCCGGCGUCGGCGUCCCCCAACGGCGGCGGCGGCGGCUCCGCGAGGAUGGCCGCCGCGGCGGCGGGGGAGGAGGAGGCGCUGUCUAGCGCCACCAAGCAGAAGGUGGCGGCGGCCAAGCAGUACAUCGAGAACCACUACAAGUCGCAGAUGAAGUCGCUCCAGGAGCGCAAGGAGAGGCGUUGGAUGUUGGAGAGGAAGCUAGCAGAUGCAGAUGUAUCUCAAGAGGAGCAAAACAAUAUCCUGAAAGAUUUAGAAAAAAAGGAGACAGAAUACAUGCGCCUACGAAGGCAUAAAAUGGGCGUUGAUGACUUUGAAUUGCUCACCAUUAUUGGGAGAGGUGCAUUUGGGGAGGUGAGACUUUGUAGAGAAAAAGCUACAUCCAAUGUAUAUGCAAUGAAAAAGCUUAAGAAGUCUGAAAUGUUACGAAGAGGACAGGUUGAACAUGUGAGAGCCGAAAGGAACCUCCUUGCAGAGGUUGAUAGUGCUUAUAUUGUUAAGCUGUACUGCUCAUUUCAAGAUGAUGAGUUUCUGUACCUCAUUAUGGAGUACCUUCCUGGUGGUGACAUGAUGACUUUACUCAUGCGCAAGGACACACUGACUGAGGAUGAAUCUAAGUUUUACGUUGCAGAGACAAUACUAGCAAUUGAAUCCAUUCACAAGCAUAGUUAUAUUCAUAGGGAUAUCAAGCCUGACAAUUUGUUGCUAGAUCGAAGUGGCCACUUGAAGCUUUCAGAUUUCGGCUUGUGUAAACCUCUAGAUAGCAGUAGCUUCCCAAAUCUGAGUGACCUUGACUAUGCAGCAGGUAAGAGCACCAAUCCAUCAUCAGAUGGUGAUAAGCAAUCCAGUAACUCUACUGCCCCCAGGCGGACACAACAGGAACAACUACUACAUUGGCAGAAGAAUCGGAGGAUGUUGGCUUAUUCUACUGUUGGUACACCUGAUUACAUUGCACCCGAGGUACUUCUGAAGAAAGGAUAUGGAAUGGAAUGUGACUGGUGGUCACUUGGUGCAAUUAUGUUCGAAAUGCUUGUGGGAUAUCCACCAUUUUAUUCUGAAGACCCAAUGUCAACAUGUAGGAAGAUAGUGAAUUGGAGAAGUCAUCUAAAAUUCCCUGAAGAGGCCAGACUUUCACUAGAAGCUAAAGAUCUCAUUAGCAAGCUACUGUGUAAUGUGGAUCAGAGACUUGGAACAAAAGGUGCACAUGAGAUAAAGGCACAUCCAUGGUUUGGAGGUGUUGAGUGGGAGAAACUAUAUCAGAUGGAAGCAGCUUUCAUUCCUGAGGUUAAUGAUGAGUUGGACACACAAAACUUUGAAAAGUUUGAGGAGACUGCUCCUUCAAUGCAAACUUCAUCAAAGGCGGGUCCUUGGAGAAAGAUGCUUUCCUCCAAGGACGUGAACUUUGUUGGUUAUACCUACAAGAACUUUGAAAUUGUGAACGAUCCUGAACUUCCAGGAAUUGCUGAGCUGAAGAAAAAGAACAACAAGCCAAAGCGACCAACCAUCAAAUCAUUAUUUGAGACUGCUGAUUGUGACGACCAGCCUUCUGAUGGCGGUUUUCUGAACCUAUUACCCACACAAUUGGAGCUGCCAGAGAGCCUGGAGCCCUCCCCUCACUCCAGUAUCUCUUCUGAGGAUUCCCAAGCACGGAAUAGGUAGCAGGUGUGUGUUUUCUGGCACCUGCGAGCUUAGCCCAACAAAAGCAAGCCACAGAGGCCUUUCGCAUAGUGAUGGAUGGCUAUCUGCAGGUUUCUGUUCAGAGGACAAGCUCCAUGAAGUUUGCUUUUGAAGAGCUGUUUGAGGUGCUCAGAAGCCAUCUAAUAUGUCUGCACUGCACAUCAUCCUGUACAUUUUUACUGGUUUCCAAAGUUCCUUUGGCAACAGCCCGAGGAGGUUGGUUGUCAUAGAGAGGGAGGUAUUUGUUCUCUCCUGUAAAUUCUUGGAUUCUUUGAGUUCCUGAGAUUUAUUCUUUCGUUGGAGCAUGCCAAGGGGGUAUGCUGCCUGUUUCUUUUUUACUUGCAGAAAUCUGCAUUUCUACAUCAUUGUUGUAAUAUUUGAGACAAUGUAAAGAAAUUGCAAGCGAUGAACAAGCGACUGGAAAUGAUAAUGAAAAUACUAUUUAUCU